UCUAAUGAUUACUCAUCAGCCUGUGCCAACUCUCCAGGGCUUGCUACCAGACUUUCUUGCUCCGGCUACCUCCAAACUUACCGGGAAUCUAGCGAGGUCAUUUCCGGCCUCCUGACAUUACCUCCUAACAUGGCACAUGCAGCUGUGGCUACAAAGCCAUCUUCGGCAGUAAGUACUUCUCCAGCUGGCCCUUUAGAAUCGGGAGAACUGCAACAAGUGGGACCGACGGUGCGGCUCGGAAACCAGUACACCGAGAUAAUGCGUCCACAAUGUGAAGGAGAUUAUGGGUUGCGAAGGAUGGAAGGAGUCCUUACCUAUCAAAGCCAGCAUGAGGAAACCAUGAGCAACUUCGAAAAUAGUGUGAUUGAUAAGGACCUUGAGAGUGAUAGCAUCCGUCGAUCCAGUGUUGAGACAGAUCUCGACGCCGGAAGUGAAGAUGAUACCAAUGGCUGUAGCAACAGCAACAGUAGUGGUAGCAGUAGCAGUAAUGGCCUUGAUAUUGGUGCUGUGAGCAUGCGGCAUGACACAUCCACUUGCGCUCUGAUGCAGAUGGAUAUAGAGAACAGUAAGCUGACCCCACUUCAGGCUGUAUCAAACCUCAGUGAUAGUGAAACCCUGCCACCUGCUUCCUCGAUGUCGUCACGCAAUCAUGCGUCUUUUGGCUACGCUCAGCAGUAUCCGCAUAACUUCAUUGAUCCCAAUUCCCAUCUGCAAUCAUCACAUGCUGAAGCUUCUCAGCCUCACCCACCCUUCACUUCUCAUUAUAUACAUGCACAUAGGUCUUUUCCUCCAUCCUGUCAGCUACAGGAUGACCAGAUGCAGCACCAACAGCCUUCCCAUCCAGUUCAAGCCUACAGUUCAUCUUCACAACCCAACUCACAUUCCCAACCCUCCCACCAUCACCAUCUAUACUCAUUACCAAAUCACCCAACGACAGCAGCAUAUUGUUAUAACUUCCCCAGAUAUUUGGUUUAA